AUGCCAUCCCCCACCAAACUCGAGGGAGACGUAACCUCCAUCCACCUCACGCCGACAGAGCUAUCCACAAAACAACUUAGCUCUCACAACCUUCAAUGGGCCGUGGAAGCCCUCCACCGCGACGGCCUAGUAGUUCUUGAAAACGCCAUCUCACCUGACCACCUCGACAAGCUGAAUGCCCGCAUGAUCCCCGAAGCGAAAUACCUCUACGCGCAAAAAAACACACACCACAACUUCGGCACGGGAACGGGUAAUAUCCAACAGGAACCGCCGCAGGAGGUCGAAUACAUCUUUCCGGAUGUGAUUGCAAAUCCGUUCGCGACGGAGAUUAUAUCGUGCAUGCUUGGUCCCAAGCCGCAGUUACGAUUUCUGAGUGCCAAUACGGCGUUUAAGGUUGGGAAUGAUGAGGGGAGGAGGCAGCCUGCGCAUGUGGAUGUGGAGUUUGACUUUCCCAAGGGUAUUCCGUUUGGAUUCUGUGUGAAUGUCACCCUUGUGGACGCUGAUGAGCGGAAUGGCGCGACGGAGGUGUGGCCCGGUAGUCAUUUGUCGAGCGUUACCCCGGAUUUGGGGAUUGUCGAUCCUGCAACGGAUGGGGUUCGCGCAGAUCUUCUUGAGAAGAGACGUGCUGAACGGCCUCCCGUGCAGUUGGGGGUGAAGAAGGGGGCGCUUGUCAUUAGGGAUUUCAGGCUGUGGCAUGCCGGGAUGCCGAAUCAUACGGAUGAGCCGAGGGUGAUGCUUGUCAUGGUGCUGUUUCCCAAGUGGUAUCGGAGUACGCUGGAGAUGGUGCUGCCGGAGUCUGUGAAGGGGAAAAUUGACUGGGGGGAUGUCGAACCGUGCGUGAAGUGGGUGAAGAAUGGGGAGGAUUAUUUGAAGGGGGCUCAUGAUCAUGAUUUUGCGCUGUUGCCUUAG